AGCCGACAGAGGUCUCCCCCUGCCCAUUCAACACGCUGAACUACUUGAACUAUUCAUCUUAAUUAAGUGUUUGUUAUUCUUCGAGAAGAUAGAGAAGCUGGCGGGUAUCAAAUUGUUCUUUCAGUUAACCCUUCAUACGUUUUAAGCUAAGUCAAGUCGUCUCACAAGUGGAGAGAAGAAGAGAUCAAGGUGGGUAUCAAAUUGUUCUUGUUCCCCAAGGGCUAUAAAUCCACCACACAUCAAACAGUUUAGCAUCACUUCAAGCUCAAACCCCAAAUACUUACCUUCAAAGAAAUCCAUAGUGAGUGGCCAUGGAGCCCAAAUCAUCAUCCUCAUUCGCACUAGCCCUUUGCCUCCUCCUUCUCCCACUACUUUCCCACGCUCACGGCCAUCACAACUCAACAUCACCACCAUCUCCAUCUCCAUUUGCCUUUCUCCAGCACCUCAAAGGCUGCCACAGGGGCGACAAGCUCAAAGACAUCCCCAAGCUCAAAUCCUACCUCCACAAGUUCGGAUACCUCGACUACACCAACCAAACCUCCCCUUCCAACCACUCCAACGACCGCUACUUCGACCACCGCCUCGAGAAAGCCCUCAAGACUUACCAGGCCAACUACCACCUCAACGCCACGGGGGCUCUCGACUCCGCCACCGUGGCCUCGAUGAUGUCCCCGCGCUGUGGCGUGGCUGACAUCAUCAACGGGACCAACUACAUGCAGAACCGACGACGCGGUCACAGCCACAGGCUGCACGCGGUGGCUCACUUCUCUUUCUUUGAAGGGAGGCCCAGGUGGAGAGCCUCGAAGACGAGGCUCUCCUACUUCAUCCUCCCGGGGACCCCAGACGCAGCGGUGGGCCCAAUAUCGCGUGCUUUCCAGACCUGGGCUGAGAACACGCGAUUUGAGUUUCAGAGGACUGGAGGGGACCCCGGGAGUACCGUGGACAUCACGGUGGGGUUCCACCGUAGGGCCCACGGGGACGGGGCGGAUUUCGACGGAGAAGGUGGCGUGUUGGCUCACGCGUUUGCGCCGGAGAACGGGAGGUUUCACUACGACGGGGACGAGAGGUGGGGGAUCAGGAACCCUGGGGCGUUUGACUUGGAGACGGUGGCGUUGCAUGAGAUCGGACAUCUCUUGGGGCUCGGCCACAGCGACGUCCGGGAGGCGGUUAUGUUCUCCGGUAUCGGUGUUGGUGAGGUUAAGGGUUUGCAUGGGGAUGAUAUUGAAGGGAUUAGGGUUUUAUAUAGCGGGUAGCUAAUUAAAUGUAGUAACCGAUCUUAUUAUGAUCGAAUCUUAAAAUAUAUUAAAGCAGUUUAGAAAAUCAACCCUCUCCACGUCAGCCUCGCUGGCUUCUCCGCUCUUCUCGGUAAUUACUGAAUUUUCAUUUUCUUUUAAUGUUUCCCUCUUCCGAACGGUUUCUUUUGAUCUUUUUGUUCUUUUCUUUUAAUUUUGUUUCUCUUCUCCGUUUGCUAACUGCCAAUUAUUUGGACAAGGCUUCUUUCCUUUUAAGAAUUCUGCUUCCACAGUGCUUUUCUUUGUUUUUUUUUGUCCCUUUCUUUUGGUUCCGUGAGAGAUGAGAGAGAGAUUGUAGGAUAAUUUAUUAAUAUUUUUUAUGAUAAUUAGUUAAUCAUAAUUAUAAUUAUUUACUCAUUCAAAUAAUAAUAAUAUGUUUUCUAAAUUAUUCUAAUAAAUAUUUGUGUUACCGAGUACCGAGUGAACUUUCUACAAAACUUCGCAUAUCCACAAAAGUCAAAGAACCUUUCCAUCCCCUCAAAAUUUUCUUUCAUGCACAUAAUCUCGCUCAUUCUCAACACUUGACAAUUUUUUUAUAACAUCAUUUUUAUUUAAAGACUCAAUCUAACUUUCUUCGAGAUUUCUAAUCUACCGCAUCAGUUGGAUUUUCAAUUGCUAGAUGUCUGUUGUUAAAUAACUCUUAACUCUAGACGGUAGGAUUAAACAUCGUAUGCAAUUCCAUAAAUUGACUAAAGUAUAAGUUGCAAGAUAACAUGAUAUGCCCACCAUAUUUUUCUUUGAAUCAUCAUUAAGAUGAAUGCACAUUCUACUAUUUACUGAAAAACGAUGCAUGUUUUCUCUCUUUUUUAGGUAUCUCAAGGAGGUGAGUUUUGUGUUCUAAUUUAAUAAGAGAUAUUAAAACUUUUGAUGAAUCUAUUUGACUUUUUUAUAGAUUAUCUAUGUGAUUUUAGAAAAUUUGUUACUUUAAUAAAGAGAUUAUACAUAUACAUAAUAAACGAAAAAGCUACCUGCCCAAAGGGCAGGGGUUGAAGCUAGUAAUUAAUAUAGUUAUACAAAUAUAUGUUGAGGGUAAUACGCUGGGUCUGGGAUAUACUCUUAUAAAUAAAUGGUUUCGUACGUAGAAGAUGUGUCUAUAUAUACGUGCAAAAUCAAGAGGAAAAGGAUGGUGUUACUUAUUAUCACUCUAUUUAGCAGUGAUUUUCUAUAGCUUUUUUGGAUGUAUUUACUGGAUAUCAUAUCAUUUGUCAGCAUGACAUAUGAAACUAUGAAUUGAUUAAGCAUAAUGUUGAUUGCUUUUGUAUUAAUUCAUAAUUUAUUUGCACUUAAAUUAAUAUAGUAAAAGAAUGAGCAUAUAUACAAGAUUUAUACUUGAACCUCUUAUAAUUACCGAUAUAAGAUUUAUGAUUUUGGGCUAUCAAUCAUACACCAUAGUCUCAUAUACACCUAACAAUAAUAAUAAAAUAUUUUUUAAUAUGAAAGGCUCAAACUACUCCUUACAAGAAACUUACAAUUCCGACUAUGGAAAUUAUUGGAGAAGUUCAACGGGAAAAAUUCUUAUCCAUGAGAAAAGAAGUUGUCUUUUCUUCUGACUACUCUCAAGGUGAAUUAUGUGAUAAGUAGUCCACAUCUAUAAGGUACAAUUUGACAAACCAUGAUUGCUACCUAGCUUGGCUAAUUGAUGACGUAAGGUAUUCGAAGGCUCUUAAUACGUUAAUUUCUCUAAUAAAUGUCUAGUGUUUAAAGUCCCUAAAUCAACUAAUUGAGAAAACCAAAUCUCAAAUUCAAUCUUAGGUCGUUAAUUAGUUUAUCUCGUCAUUUUGAACUUACAUACAACUAAUUAAAUAGGUGGUUGAGCAUCACUACUACAGUCCGGUUCACCAAUUCCGCCACCUUCUUCAACAAUACUGGGAGGUUAUAAAAUCUCCCAUAUUUACCGGGAAUGGAAAAAAAUAACCCCCCGCUGAUUUCUUAAUAAAGGUCAUCAUGUAAACUCCGCCUUCUCUUUGUUUAAUCCUUUCGAUCCAAGACUUAGAUUUUGGAUCAUGUAUUACUCUAUGGAACAUUGCUCAAUCCCGAUUAAUAUAAGGUGCAAGCAAGGACACCAUUUAUGCGUCAUGUGUUUACCAAAAAUAUAAAAAUAAAUGUGUAUUAAUUAAUAAUUAUGACCAUCUUUUUUAUUUUCAUUAAUUGUUUUAUUACUCGAUCACUGAGUGGUACUAUAAUGAAGUUCAAUUGACGGUCCGAUCGAGUAAUAUCGAGCAUUUAUGGCUACCUUACAUCUGUAUAUUACUAGUUUAAUAUAUUAUCUUAUUUUAACUACCGUAUUAUAUAUGUAUGCCAUCUGUUAAAUUACAUUAUAGUACCAAAAGUUUCAUGCCACCGACUUGUUAGACCGGUACGAUUUGACAAACCAUAAUUGCUAUACCUAGCUAGUUAGCUAGCUUUUGUACGUAAGGUAAUUGAGGAAUGAGAUCAUCAUAUGGAUAGAUGUAUUUAUGUUUAGGGUUUGGAGCGGAGGAUUGCUAGCUGGAUGUAUUUAAGUAAAACCUGAGUGAUCAAUCUCGAGUCCUAGCUACAAGUCGUAUUGGAAUUUGUCCAACUCUUGCAUGCGGAAGUACUCUAGAGUCAAUGUGGGGACCUUCAAUACGAGAUUCAAAAUCAAAAUUUCUACAACACAAAGUUCUUGAUCAAGUUCAAUUGUGUCGGAAUAUAUAUGAUCAGAGUUAUUCAUAUUUGCAGAUUUUGAUACCAUGUUAGAAGACAUGAUAUGAAAAAACAAUAACCAAAGAAGACGAUCUAACCCAAUUUUCCUGACGUCAUGCAUAUACCGGAACUAGUGGUCGACACAAAGCCUAUAAAUUCUUUUCUUAUUUUCAUGAGCUACUCGAAUUGCAGUCUACUAUUCAUCUACACAAGAUAUCGUGUAUCACUUGGGACCAUCUUAUUACUAUCAUAUCAUGAUGAUAUGAUAAAUCUGAUAAUAAUAAUAAUAAUACUAUAAUCAAGAUGUAUUUUGAAGAGAUAUUUUUUUUUCUUCUGAAAAUACAACAAAAUGAAUAUUAUUGUGUAGAUCAUAAUAAAUGCUUUAUUCCUAUGCAAAAUAUUAUAAGUUUUGAAAAAAAAUGACUAUUAUAGGAUCUGAUUAAGAAAAAUAGUUAUAAAGGGUGGAUGAUGGGGUUUGCAGUGGAUUUAUAGUAAUGGAUUUUGUACACUAUCUCUUCCCUUCAAAUUCCAUAUUUUGGUUUGUUAGUUCCUUAAUUUUAAAUUAGAUUAAUUAAAUUAUUCAAUAUUAAUGAUACUUUAUGAUAAAAAAAUGAAUAUUUGUCCGCAAAAUUAUAACUUUUUUAAUGCUCUUAAGUUAUUAAAAAUAUUAUAUUGAACUUAAUUUGAAAAAAAAUAUUUUGUGUUGUUAGAAUAACAGAAAAAUAAUAGUUUUUUAAAACAAAAUAUUUUGAUUAUUCAUAUUAUUAUCUUUUACAGCAAAAAAAUUCAUAACCGUGGAUAUCCGUCUGAAUCCGACCUAAUCGAGUAGGGUAAAAUUCGUAACCGUGCAUAGUUUCCAUGAUGAGCUCCGGCAGCUGCUACCGGCUUCGUUACGUUUUCCGGCGAUGACGUGAUUUGUGCCAGUAUUGUUGCGAAAAUAAUUAUCAGGAUGGUCGUCUGUGGGACAGCUUUGACAAUAUCCGUACUGACUACAGCAACGUCCUUGGUCGCACGUAAACAGGUCGUCGUCACAAAUAUGACCAGAUACUUCGAAUGCUGCCGCCAUGGUGAUGAGUAAUUAAGGAGAUGGCCACCACCGACAAUAUUAUAGUGGCUGCUGCUUGGUGAAUCGCCUUAGCCUUGUUCAUGAUUUUGAUUUGUGUUUAAUUUCGAACAAGAAGAAGGAGAAUUUAUAGACCACAGCCAUGAAAGGCUUAUGGCUAUAAGGCGGCCGGCAUCCACGAUCUCCGGCGAUCGGGAUGCCCUAGCUAGUUUUGAUACUGGCCUCCCUUCAUCCGUAGGUGCGGCGAAUUGGGACAUUGAGUUGAUGUAGUAACUCGCCGGGGUCUAGCCGGCCAUAGUUUUCCACAGAGGAAUCUUUAGUUUCUUAAUUUGUCCUUGCGUUUAAUUGCAUGUGCGGACUUAGUUUGGACGUGUUAUACACUCUCAGUCUCAUGCAUGCAAGCCACACACUUACGCAUCGCCUAGUUGCAGUAGAACGUACCAUAUAUAUGGGACGACCAUUCUUUGAUAAAUGUAAAAGACCGUU